AUGUCAUCGCCAGGAAAACACGCGAAAGUUCUUAUUGCAGGUGGGAGCGUUGCAGGCUUAGCCCUGGCAAACAUGCUUGAGAAGAUUGGUGUCGAAUACCUGGUUCUCGAGAAGUACAACAAUAUUGCUCCUAAUUUAGGAGCCAGCAUCGGUAUCUUCCCAAAUGGUUUUCGCAUCCUGGACCAACUGGGAUGCUUUGACGCGAUUAGUAAAUUGGUAGAAGGGGCGGAUGGGUUUGAGUUGUUGGAGAUGAGGAAUGAACUUGGCAAAACGAUACAACGCCUCGAGAAAGCAUCGCAGAAAAUUCAGCAUCGCAUAGCUUACGCGCCCGUCUUUAUCGAUCGGCAGAUGCUCAUCCAGAUCUUAUACGACAACCUCAAGGAUAAAUCACCAGUCCGUACCGGACAGGGCGUUCAACAUGUCGAACAAUUUCCUGGUGGCAUUCGAGUACGAACGACAGAUGGAAGCGUCUUUACCGGUGAACUCCUAGUCGGCGCCGAUGGCAUCCACAGCACCGUCAGAAAGGAGAUGUGGAGGGAGGCGGAUCAAGCCCGUCCAGAUCACUUCCCUCUGUCUGAUCGAACGAACACAGCGACCGAAUACUGUUGCAUAUUCGGUAUCUCGAGAGCUAACAGCAAGGUUCCCAAAUUCUCUUCAUGUAAUGUGAUGGGUCGUGGUUACUCAUACCUCAUUGCCAGCGGACCAAAUCAUCGCAUCUAUUGGUUUCUUUUCAAGAAACUACCGGGCGCGUUAUACGGCAUCGACAAGAUUCCGCGCUAUACAGAGGCCGAGAGGGAUGCAUUAGCCGCAGAACAUGCAAAUGAUAUGUUGAACGAAGACUUACGAUUCGGUGAGCUCUAUGCGAAUCGGACAACGGCAACACUUCAGGCUCUACCGGAAUUCAAUCCUAUUGGAGGCCAAGGUGGAAACAGCGCAAUCGAAGACGCUGCAGUACUAACAAAUCAGCUCUCCAAGCUAGCUCCAACUGAUGGAGAAGACCGACCUUGGAGUGAUCACGAUAUCAGCGAAGCCCUCGAACAUACAUUUUCCCUCCGUUACAAUCGAGUCGCCUCUCUGUUAAAAACAUCGCAUGAUCUGCAGACCUUGCAAUCAUUAGACAGCUUCUUCACUAGGAUACUCGCUAAAUUCGUCAUACCUCGUUCCAGCCCGGAGUCGGUUUUGGACAUGUUCAGUAUGACCGCUCGACCGGCCGCGCGGCUUGAGAUGGUCAAUGUCCCAGAUCGACCACAUACUGAAUUGUAUGAUGACGAAAAGCCCACGACAUCUGUAUCACCAAAGAGAAUGUUUCCAAUUCUGACCUAUGGUGCACUCACACUCCUCUCCACUGUUGUUCUAGUCCAGCUACAGGCCCACAAACUGGGCCAAAUUUGGAAGUUGUACUAG